AUCUGCGCGCAUGCAUGAAAUUCAUGCGCGAGAUCUUCAUGCAAUUAAUCAACUUCACAAAUGCACAACGAAGCACUCGGAACUUGUCGAAAUUAUGGCGGACAAAAGCAACAGUGCCAGGGAUUCAUUUCAAAAUACAUGCUCACGAGGCAGUAUUUCAGAAGCAAUGUGGCCAUGUGGAGAUUUAGGUCAUGAGAAGCAUGAUAUCGCUGAAAAGAAAAAAUUCCCUCAGGACAUGCCAGCUACAAGCUAUGGGAUGGCAGAGGGAAAGAGCAAUGAAGGUGACUUUGACUAUCAAAAAGAAAUGCAGGGCUUAGAUAAGCUUUCAGCUGAGCUGGACUCUGUCAGACAACAAGUCAUGGCUGACAUCCUGCGUUGCCAACUCUUGCAAGUGGACCUGGCUACCCAGUUCAACCCAGGACUAGUCCAGCAGCUGAGAUCAACCAAACUCUCCUGUGAGAAAUGCGAGAGUACCCUUGAUGACUCGUUUGAAGCAGACGUAAAUCAAUGAAAGGAAUAUGUUGAUUACAGAUUGGGUGAUUUCAAAUUCGUUGUUGAUGCUGGCGUUGGUGUUGGAAGCAGAAUUGAAAUUUGCCGUAGGUCCUGUGAGUUUACGAAAACGAUCCAAGUCACAUUAUUUUUAGCUCAACAUUAUACUUAUAGUGAAAUAUAUCCAAUGACCAGCUUCAAUUUCAGUUUGGGUGCUGUGCUGAUCUCAACACUGACCUUAACACCAACACCAAAGGAUCAACACCGCUCUUGAAAUCAAAUUUGAUUAAAUUUUGGCACAUAAUUCAAGUGUACUUCAAAAGAGGUGUAUAUAUUGUACCUUAAUAUAUUCUGUUAAUAUAUAAAUACAUGUAUGUAUAAACAUUUCCAUAAAUUAUACAUUUUUAUACAAUUCAAGUUAGGAUGUGUGAAGCGGAGACCAGGUUGUAAUUUUCAUGCAGCAAAAAAAGUAUUGAUUAAUACUGUUUUAUUUUAGUUUGUUGGCCUUCUUUGAUUUUUUGUGUACCUCCCAACACAAUUAUAUUUUUCCCCUUUUUUUCUCCCUUAUGCAUGCUUACUGAAUGUUUUUUAUGUAUUUUCCUUUGCCAAUACAAAAUUGUUCAUGUAGUACAUAAGCAGAAACUAAAAUACCAUGAUCAGGGUCUUUAUUCACGCAUUUAAAGUAUUAAUGGUGCACCCAUUGUUUUGUAUACAGUACAUGUAUAAUUAGUUUAUAUGGUAAUUACGUGCAAGGUUAGGAGAGUAAAGAUACUGGCCCGUAUUCUGAAGUCGGGUUUAUCUUGGACCAUGGUUCAACUCCAUGCUAAAAUUAUGGGAAGCCAAUGAAAAGUGUCAAAAGUUUGAUUAUGUUAUUGUAUGUUUCUUAUGUUAACUGUGCUCUACCCUGAUUCUUCAACGGUGAAGACAAUUAUCUUAUUUAUACUUCCUAGACAAUUGAGAUUUGAGAGUCAAAUGAGCUGAAAUAUAUCUCUACUGUUAGUGAUUUAUGACACAAUUGGGAUUCCUGCUGAAAGAAAAAAUGACCUUGCCCUUGAAUCUUGACCCAUAGAGGCAUACAGAUUUGGUACAAUUGAUAUUACUCCUCUCUUGUUCCUCAAAUUGGCAGCAAUCUCAGAUAAUUCCCUAUUCAUUUUCAUACUUUGAAAAAUACAGAGUAUUAUAGGUAACCAUGCAAUUAUUGACUAUAAUAGCAAACUAAUUACAAAAUAGUUGCCAAUUUGAAUUUUAAAGGGAUUUUGUUGUUUUCUGUGCAUUGCCAAUUUAGUGAUGUUUGUUCUUUUAAAACAUAAAUUUAUACAUUUUCUUUUACUUUUCUACUAAAAUGAAAUUUGUACAUACUUUUAAAUCCGAUAUACCAAGAGUAAUGAUAGAAGUUAUAGCAGACAAAAUUGAUAUUGCAUAAUAUUUCACCAUCUUGAUUGUAUUUUAUAUUUGAUUUAAUAUAAACAAAUCAUUCUUUAUUGCAUUU